AUGGCGCCCCCAAAAGCACAGCGGGCGUCGGAUUUUUUCCGACAAGGUAGGAGGGACAAAACGUGGCCGGAGCAAGAUGGCGGCGGCUCACACUCCCCAACACCUGCCUCGGAUCAGGGAUCCGACACAGAGGCACUGCAGCCUCCCCCUGGGGAUAUUUCUCUCUCGGAGGCAAAAAUGGCGGCAAUGCUGCAGAAGCUCCGCUCCUCCAUGAAAGAGGACUUACAACUGGCUGUUGAUGACAUUCGCAGGGAGGUGCACGAGGUAGGGACCCGCCUAAAUGCCCUGGAGGAGAAAACUGACGACUUAUGCCAGGCUAAUGACGGCAUCUUGGACAAGAUCCGCCAGAUGGAAUCGGAGCAAGCGCGCCUAACAGCCAAACUGGCGGACCUCGAGGACCGAUCGCGCCGCAAUAACAUCAGAGUGCGCGGGGUCCCGGAGUCUGUCGCAGGGUCCGAUAUCCCGGAGUAUCUUCGGCAACUCUUCACGGUGAUCCAGCCUAACCUGGAACCAGCUGACCUGCGCUUAGAUAGGGCGCACCGGGUACCCAAACCCGCUACGCUGGCACGAGACAUACCGAGAGACAUUGUCACAAGGCUACACUAUUUCAGCGCCAAGGACGCCAUACUUACGGCGCAACGAAAAUCUACGGCAAUGCCACCGGGCUAUGAAAAGAUCUCCCUAUUCGCUGAUUUGUCUCCUAUGACAAUGGCGAGAAGAAGAGACUUUAUAAAUGUCACAAAAUGCCUCCGGAACCACAAGAUCCCCUACCGCUGGGGAUUCCCCACGAAAUUGCUGAUCUGGAGAAAUGGGACCCUAACGAAGCUGGAGGACCCAGACCAGGGCAUGCACAAGCUGAAAGCUUGGGGACUCUUCCCGGACCACGCACCGCCCAACCACCCAGCGUCCCCAGGACAAGUGACCCAGGAGUGGACCAAAGUCCAAUGGAAGAAGUGACUGAUUUGUUC